CAUGCGAGUCUCACACAUGUAUAUUUGAUAUCUUAUUUCAAAAUCCAUACGCAACCACGACACCACAGCCUUCUCUCUCCCCUCCUCGAGUUUUUAUAUUACUAGAUUUCCGCAUCCGCCUCCCAUUUUCACGUGUCUUCACCUUCAUUCACAAUGAUCGUCUAAAUGCCUAUAUAUAUAUAUGAUUGACCUAAACAACAAUUGUUGUAUUGAUCAUCAAUCACCAAACCAGAGGCCAAAACAGAGAGAUUGUUGUAUUGAUAAUCAAUCACCAAACUAGAGGCCAAAACAGAGAGAUACAUAAUGGAUACAAAACAGAGCAUUGCUAGUGUCCUAAUGCUACCAUGGUUGGCCCAUGGUCACAUCUCUCCCUUCCUAGAGCUUGCCAAGAAACUCUCACACAGAAACUUGUACAUAUAUUUGUGUUCUACACCAAUCAAUCUCAAUUCCAUCAAGAAAAGAAUCACUGAAAAGUACUCUCAUUCUAUUGAAUUAGUAGAAAUCCACCUUCCAUCCUUGCCUGAGCUUCCUCCUCACAACCACACCACCAAUGGCCUCCCAAACCAUCUCAUCCCUACCCUCAAAACAGCCUUUGAGAUGGCAAUCCCAAGCUUCACCAACAUCCUCAAAACACUAAGCCCAGACUUGCUUAUUUAUGACUUCAACCAGCCAUGGGCACCAACCAUUGCCUCCUCCUAUAAUAUUCCAGCGGUUGAUUUCAUACCUAGCGGAGUUACGAUGCCAUCUUUUACUCUUCACUUGCGUAUGAAAGGCGGUGUUGAAUUCCCAUUUCCAGCAAUUCAGCUUCAGGGAUUCCACAAAAUGCAGUUUGGCAACAUGAUCAAGACUGCUGCAAACAGAGCCAAAAACAAAGAGGGUCCUCUAGAUGCCAUGAAACGAUCUUGCAACAUUAUUUUGUUCCACACUUUCAGAGAGCUGGAAGGACAGUAUGUUGAUUAUCUGGCGGCUUUAGUUGAGAAGAAGAUCGUCCCUGCUGGUUCUCUUGUUCGAGAAAUUGACGAUGAGGACGACCACACUGAGAUCAUCGAAUGGCUUGACAACAAAGAUGAGUCCUCAACUGUGUUUGUUUCCUUCGGCAGUGAGUCUUUUAUGUCCAAGGAUGAGAUUGAAGAGAUAGCUCAUGGUUUAGAGCUUAGCAAGGUUAAUUUCAUAUGGGUUGUUAGGUUUCCCGUGGGAGAGAAAGUUGAGAUUGAAGAAGCACUGCCUAAGGGCUUUCUUGGGAGGUUAGGAGAGAGAGGAAUGGUUGUGGAGGGCUGGGCUCCACAGGCAAGAAUUUUAACCCAUUCAAGCAUUGGUGGCUUUGUGAGUCACUGUGGAUGGAAUUCAGUAAUGGAAAGUUUAAAGUUUGGGGUUCCAAUUGUGGCCAUGCCAAUGCAUUAUGACCAACCAUUUAAUGCUAGACUGGUGGAGGAGAUUGGUGCGGCUGUGGAGGUCAACAGAGGCAUAAAUGGCAGACUCAAUAGAGAAGACAUAGCACAAGUAAUAAGAACAGUAGUGGUGGAGAAAAGUGGGGAGGAUAUAAGAAUUAAAGCAAGAGAAUAUAGUGAGAAAAUAAGAAUGAAAGGAGAGGAAGAGAUAGAUGAGGUGGUUGAAGAGUUGCUUCAACUUUGUAAGUUGAAAUAUUUGGGAGAUUAGAUUGGAAUAGCUUUAAAGAUGCUUUGAUCUGGUUUGUCGCUUUAUAUUUUUAAGAACCAUUUUCAUUUCUAAAUGUUUCCACAUACCAUAUAGGGAUGACUUGAACUGCUUAUUUUCUGAAUUUGUUUUCCUUUCUAUUUGUAUGUAUGAAGCCAAGGUUAUUGUUUUAAUGCU